AUGAGCCCUUUUGUGCCCAAAAUCCUCGUCUGCCCAGAAUCCUGCGUGAAGUACAAGACGACGGAGGAGCGCCUCACGUGCCGCGCCGAGGCGUCAAGCUACUGCGCAGCCAGGUGCCCUACAAGGACAAUCACGCUCGCCAGCGGUGAGGAGGUGACGAUGGCCGUGGACAUGGCAACCUGCCAGGAUCGCGGCUGCAUCCAGCUCGGUGCAUUCGGCAGCUCAGACACCACCACCACGCCACCCCCUGGGCAGCUCAACACGGAUGUCAAUGCCACGGGUCAAGCACCUGAGAGCGCCUUUCAGUUCCAGCCGACGAAGGUCAACACCAUGGUGGGCGGUCUUGUCUCGGACAGCAACUGGAGAUAUGCCGGCGGCAAGCAUAUCGCAGGCUUCUAUGCGCUGAACAAAAAUGAGCUGUUCUGCCCGACCGAGGGACGGACGGAUCCUGUGGCUGAUGAGUGGGAGCGGCGUGCUUUGUGCUUAAUGGGUAUCAACGCCGACACCCGCGCCGAGCCGAAGCUCGAUUGCCAGCCGGACCCGCUGCUCAAGUUCAACGGCUUGUUCCAGCGAUCCCUGGGCGAUGAGUUCGGCAAUGCCAUCCGAGGAGACAUCAGCAAGCUAACGGCCUCCUAUGGGGUGAUCAUUGUGUACUGCGCUAUCAUGAUCGGGAAAUGCGACGCUGUCCAUUCCGGCGUGUUCCUCUCCAUGGUGGCCGUGCUGAUUGUCGGCCUCACGAUCGCCAGCACCCUCGGCCUAAUGGGCUACUUCCAGGUCCCCAAUGGAAACCUCAACAACAACCUCUACUUCUUGCUACUUGGGCUGGGAGUCGACGAUGCGUUCGUCCUCAGCUCCGAGUACCUUGGGCACACCCGCGCAAACAAGGAUCUUCCCAUUGAAGAGCGCAUCGCGCGCACGGCACGCACAGGUGGCAUCUCCGUGCUGAUUACCUCGGCCACCGACGCCCUCGCCUUCCUGGUGGGCGCCACCACGGUGCUGCCGGCGCUGGGCUGGUUCUGCACCUACGCAGGUGUCUCCAUCAUUCUUUGCUUCACCUUCCAGCUGACAGUGUUUCUGCCGGCGUUGGCGCUCAACGCCUACCGCGUGGAAGCGAACCGCGUGGACUGCUGCUGCUGCUUCCGGGCGUCCGCGCGACCUUUGGACGAGCCGAAAGGCUGCUGCUGCUUCUGCUUGCCUUCCAAGGCGUACCAGGGCGGCCUCUUGAAACGAGGACUGAAGCGCUUUGCAGAGAUCAUCACGGCGCCCGUCGGCCAGAUCGUUACCUUCGUGGUGUUCUUUGGCGUGGCGGUGGCCGGAAUCUAUGGAUCCACGUUGAUUUACAAGGAUUUCAAGUUGGAGUGGUUCAUUCCGGACUCCUCCUACGUGAACGAGUUCUUCAACAUCAACACCCAGUACUUCGCCACAGGCACCGCAAUCACGGUGAACUUCCCGGGAACCGCGGACACGUUCGCGCAGCAGCAGAAUCUGCACGACGUCUACUCAUACCUGAACUCCUCGAGCCUCAUCAACCAGGACGUGGUGGUCGAUAGCUGGUACCGAGAGUUCAUGGAGUGGGCGACCGAGCCCAACCAGGCUGAGACGCUUUCCGCCACCUUCACGCCUUCUCGAAGCGAUGCUUCUGCGGUCUUCGCGAAUCGCGCCGAGUUCUACCCGGCCCUCCACUUCUGGUACCGCAACACUGUGGGCUCCCGCUACCGGAACUCCAUCAAGUGGACCGACGAGGACUGCGUGGUGAAUGGUACCAUGGAGAGCCUCCCGAGCGGCUGCACAGUGACGGAUGGCCUGUCCGCCACGCGCUUCAAUGCCGAGCUGUCAUUGGCCUCGACCAACAGAGGCACAGAUCGUUUCAACACGAUGACCACGAUGCGAAAGGAGAUUGACACCCGCUAUGCCGGCGCUUUCCCUUACAGCUUCGACUUCUUGUACUGGGAAGAGGUCGGCGUUAUUGACGAGGAGCUCGUCCGAAACUUGAUCAUCUGUGGGGGCGUCAUCCUCGUCGUGAUUUUUGCCCUGGUUCCAUCCUUCCGGAUCGCACCCUGGGUGGUGCUCUGCGUGGCGAUGUCGAUCGUCAACACGCUGGGCUUCAUGUACUACUGGGAGGUCACCAUCAGCGGCGUGUCCACGAUCUACGUGCUGAUUUGCGUCGGCCUGGCCGUCGACUACGCGGCGCACAUCGCCCACAUGUUCCGGGAGUCCACUGGCAGCGCGCGGGAGCGGGCCAUCGCUUCGAUGGAGCGAAUCGGGCCUUGCACGCUCAACGCUGUGCUCUCCACACUCCUUGCGGUGAUCGUGGUAGGCUUCUCUGACAGCUACGUGUUCCGAAUCUUCUUCAAGGUGCUCUUCCUCGUGGUCACCAUCGCCGGGGCCCACGGCCUCUGGCUCCUGCCCGCGAUCUUGGCGCUGGUCGGAGGCUCGAAAUCACCGGAGAAAGACGGGACUGCUUAUGGUGCAGAGGAGAAGGCCUCCCGGACCGUGCCCGCCAGCGAAGACGCGUAA